AUGGCGCUGCGCGUCGACGUGCCCGCCUCCACCGUGAGGCUCUUCGUGGAGCGCCCCGGGGGCGGGGCGCACCCGCGAGCUCCGCUGCGAGAGGUGGCCCAGGCGCUCGGCUAUGCGGGCCUGGGGGAGCUGCGGGCCGAGCUCGGCUCCUGGUGGAGCAGCUGGGGCUGCAGCGGCUCGGUGUCCGCGGCGGAGCUCGUCGCGCUCGUGCACCUCCUGCAGUUCAAGUCGGGCGCCGCGAGGGCGCUGGCCGGGGACCUGGCCGCCGGCGGCGCGACGCGCGUGGUCAGCCUGCCCUCGGAGCCGCUGCACCCGCCCGGGGAGGACGCGCCGGCGGCCGCAGACGGCGCGUCCGUGGCGAGCAGCACCAGCCCCGCGAAAGGUCCUCGGCGAGCCGAGAGGUCGGACCCGAAGGCGGCGGAGCGCGAGGCGCCCUGGCCGAGGUGCGAGCCGGAGGAUGUCGGCAUGGACCGCGAGGCGCUCGAGAAGUGCAAGCGGUACCUGGAGUACCGGGUGAAGAGGAACCACUUUGCCGGCAUCGUGGGCGGGGUGGUGAAGAACGGCAAGCUCGUGUACUUCGAGAAGAUGGGCUUCGCCGACGUGGAGAAGAAGGUGCCGAUGCAGCAGGACACCAUAAUGCGCCUGUUCUCUAUGACCAAGUGUAUCGUUGCGGUGGCCUUCCUCACGUUCGCUGAAGACCCUGCGAAUGGGAUCCUCUUGGACGACCCCGUGUGGAAGUACAUCCCGGCGUUCCGGCAAACGAAGUUAGCUCCUCAGAGGGGUUCGGUCAAGCCGCGCGACCUCGAGACUGCCUGGUUCACAGUGAAAAAGGACAACGGGAAGGUCGUGAGGCAGAAGCUGCCAACAGUGCCCACCCUGCGUCAGCUGCUGACCCACACUGCAGGCCUGGGCUACGGGCCGACGCUGGGCGACCCGACGCCGCCGGGAAAGAACGACCAUUAUAGAAUCUACUACGACCUGAUCGAAAGAGUGAACAGGGAGCAGGUCGCCUCGCUGGAAGAGUUCGUGAACGAGCUCGCCAAGGUGCCCCUCAAGGUGCACCCUGGCAAGUAUUGGGAGUACUCCUUUGCCACCGACGUGCUCGGCCGAGUGCUGGAGGUGAUCUCGGGCAAGCCGUUGGACGAGGUGCUCGAGGAGAGGGUCUGCGGACCGCUCGGAAUGUCGGACACCUGCUUCCGCGUGCCGCCCGAGAAGGCGCACAGAGUCGGUGCCUGGUACCAAAGGAAGUCUCCGGAGGGGAACCCUGGCGAGAAGAAGCCGGGGGCUGCGUUCACGCUGGAGAGGCUCGACGGCUCUGGCGCAAAUAGCGGAUGGGUGGGCAGCAGAGUAUCCAAGGUUCUUUCAGCUGGCGGCACUAUUGAGACACCGCUCUCUAUCAAGGGAGGUAUGGUCUCAACGUUUCGAGACUAUUUGCGGUUUCUGUUGAUGAUUCGUGGAAUGGGAAGCCUAGACGGGGUGCAGAUCCUUCGCAGGGAGACGGUGCAGAUGAUGAUCACCAACCAGAUUCCUGCUGCCACUGGUCGUCGCGCGGCCUGGGUCUUCGACAAGAAGGGGCAGGGCUACAACAUGCUCGGGCAGAUCCAGGUGCAGACCCUCGAGAAGGUGAGCAGCUCGACCUAUGCCAGCCUCAUGCCCGGCACCGUGAGCGCCGAGUUCGGCUGGGGAGGCUUGGGCGGGCCAGCUUGGACAAUCGACCCUCGGCUGGACCUGAUCGUGCUCUCGAUGACCCAGACUGCCUCGGAGCUAGACCACGAGGAGAACCUCAGGUUCAGUGCCCGCCGGUCCAUCCACGCCGGGAUAUUUGGGCCCACGGCAGGGCCAGUGAAGGUCACAGACUUCCCUCCCGAGGGCCACGAGGGCAUCAAGGGCGGCAAGCUGCGCCCGCCGAAGGCCAUCAAGGGCCAGGAGGGCACCAAGGGCAUCACUGUCACCAAGCCCAGCGACGACGAGCUGAGCACCUUCGCAGAGGCCGAGAAGGAGGCGAUGCUACGCCCCAAGUCUCUGAAGGAACUGGCGAUCAGCCGCGGCAACGUCGGCCACGAGGACGACGAGGGCGAGGCCAGCGGCGGGGCCGCCGGCGCGGGCGGCGACGCGGACGCCGCCCUCGUGGCGGAGGCCGGCAGCCCCGAGGCGCGGCCCCGCGGCGCCGAGAGGGCCGCGAGGGCGCCCGCGAAGACGCCGGCGAGGGCGCAGGCCGCGGGCGCCGAGGGGGCGGCCGAGGAGGCCGCCCCGGCGGCCGCCGCCGCGGGCGCCGCGGCGAAGCGGAGGCCGGAGGAGCGCGGGGAGGAGGCGCGGGGCGGCAAGAGGCCGCGGCCCGCUGCGGGGGAGGGCGAGGCGGAGCCCGCCGAGGAGGUGGUGGAGGGGAUGACGUACGAGUCCCUGCGCCAGGAUGCGGAGCGGGAGGGAAAGGAGCAUUACUUCUUCGACGAGUCCCAGUACAGUCGGCCUUCCGCGGCCAGGAUCGAGAGGGAUCUCCCGAAGGACUUCGGCCACUUCAUGAACACGAAGGGCGCUGACACGAAGCCUCGGACAAUGUAG